CGCGUUGGUGGGAGUACCCCCUGCACAGGUCCCUUUUGCAGUGCAGCUCCAGUAGUUGGAGUUGCUGUACACCGGAGCACGAGAGGGAGAGGAGCGCGAGCGCAGCAGAUGAGUGAGCGAACAGAGGUAGAGACCAUUAGGGUUAUCUUUUGAGACUAUCACACGGCGACCUGUCACUUUUACGCUUCGUGCCGAGUCUACUUGAAGAGAACCGCAGCAGGAGCAGCGGCAGCAGCAGCAGCAGCCCUGGUCCGGUCUGGUCUGCUCGAGCAGCCGCCUGUGAAAAACUCCCAAACGCGGUCGUCUCAGCUGGCAUGAGCUAACCUACCAGACAGACAUGGAAACCAAACCGUUCCUGUCAUUGGGGUUCCUGAAGCCCCAGUGCUCGUUGGCUCCUCCCAUGCAGCGAGGCCGCUCGGGCGAGGCUUGUUCCUGUUUCAGCGGCAUGUGUCCCCUCCAUCAGCGCCGCCUAUCCUCAGACUCAUCGGGGCACUUGACGUCCUCGCCCCUGGGCUCACCCACAUCCCACCGGGGAAUGCACCCGUCUCUGCUCAGUCCGACGUCCAUGGGGCCCUCUGGCUCUCUUCACUCUCCCAUCAGCACGCUGAGUUCGCCCAUGAACGGCCUGGCCUCCCCCUUCUCCGUCAUCAGCUCGCCCAUGGGUCCCCACUCCAUGAACUCGCCCGGCAUGGGCUACGGCCCCAGCGUCAGCCCCCAGAUGUUCCAGCUGAACUCUCCGAUGAACUCGGUCAGCAGCACGGAGGACAUUAAGCCCCCGCUGGGCCUCAACGGCGUGAUGAAGGUGCCCGCCCAGCCCUCAGGCACCAUCCUGUCGCUCACCAAACACAUCUGCGCCAUCUGUGGUGACCGCUCCUCAGGUAAACACUAUGGAGUAUACAGCUGUGAGGGCUGCAAAGGUUUUUUCAAAAGGACAGUCCGCAAAGACCUGAGCUACACCUGUCGCGACAACAAGGACUGUGUCAUUGACAAGCGCCAGAGGAAUCGCUGCCAGUACUGCCGCUACCAGAAGUGUUUAGCCAUGGGCAUGAAGAGAGAAGUUUUGUUACAUGCAGCCGUUCAGGAGGAGCGCCAGCGAGCCAAGGAGAGGAAUGAGAACGAGGUGGAGUCCACCAGCUGCGCCAACGAGGACAUGCCCGUGGAGAAGAUUCUGGAGGCGGAGCAGGCGGUGGAACCCAAAACCGAGACGUACAUAGAGACCAACCUCGGGGUGCCAUCCAACUCGCCCAACGACCCAGUGACAAAUAUCUGUCAGGCAGCUGACAAACAGCUCUUUACUUUGGUGGAGUGGGCCAAGAGGAUCCCCCACUUUUCUGAGCUGCCACUGGACGACCAGGUCAUCCUUCUACGAGCAGGUUGGAAUGAACUUCUCAUUGCAUCAUUUUCGCACCGUUCGAUAACGAUUAAAGACGGGAUCCUGUUGGCGACCGGGCUGCACGUCCACCGCAACAGCGCCCAUAGUGCUGGAGUGGGAGCCAUCUUUGACAGAGUGCUCACAGAACUGGUGUCAAAGAUGAGGGACAUGCAGAUGGAUAAGACAGAACUGGGGUGCCUUCGAGCGAUAGUCCUAUUCAACCCAGACUCUAAAGGUCUGUCCAAUCCAGGUGAGGUAGAAGCUCUGAGAGAAAAAGUGUACGCGUCUUUAGAGGCCUACUGCAAACAGAAGUACCCCGACCAGCCUGGCAGAUUUGCCAAACUGUUGCUGCGGUUACCAGCGCUGCGCUCCAUCGGCCUCAAGUGUCUGGAGCACUUGUUCUUCUUCAAGCUCAUCGGCGACACGCCCAUCGACACCUUCCUCAUGGAGAUGCUAGAAGCCCCCCAUCAAAUGACAUAAUAGCAGAGCUAACAUCUCCCACCAGCCCUGGAUCAGGAACGGAGUCCUUUUUAAGAAAAACAAAAAAAAACAAAAAAAACUUCUGUCUCCAGCUAAGGGACAGAUGAUGUGACGACUUUGGAUGGAGAACUUCUCCCUUCCUCCUGUCCCUCCCUCUAGCCCUUCUCCCUUUUGAUGUGUUUCCAAACAAUGAAUUCAUCAUGCCUAUGGGUCUGUUUAAUACCUUGUAAAAAAUUAUAUAAAUAAGGAAUAUAUAUAUAAAUAUAUAUAGAUGAAAAUCACACGGCAACACAAGUGACAACCGUGGACUUAAAAUAAGUUUGGACAGAAGACGAAAGAAACGUAUUGAGCCAUCGUUUUCAUCCUUGCUUUUUUCCCUGCACCUUGACAAGAAAAAGCAGAGCUGGUCGGGUCUGAAACGCCCUCAGCUUUGCUUGCAGGUAUUUAAAAAAAAACAAAAAACGGCGGUGAUGUCAUAUUUGGACAUUCAGCGUUGUGAUCAGGACAAUCGUGGACUGGGAGAGCCU